AGCCGAGGUGGGACGGGCUUUGCAGCCCCGCACCACUUGGCUUGUUAAACGGGUGUUUGAGUGCCUGCUGCACGCGAGGCGCUGUGAUGUUGGCGGACAGGACCCGCAGGCCCCUCCCUCCGUGGAGCGUCUGUCCCAGAGGCGAGGACGGACCCGGACAAAGGGACACACGGGACGAUUUUAGGCAGGCACCGUGCUGUGAGCGAAAAAGGAGAGGCUGGCGGCUGCAGAGGGAUCUGAGGACGUGCGGACGGGAGAGGGCCUGGAGGAUCUGGGGAGGGCAUCAGGCACAGGCGCGAAUGUCCGUGGGGGCUGAGAGCAGGGUUUAGGGUUAGGAGGAAGGCAGAGCCCGGCCGUGCGCGGCGGCCUCCUCGCUGGAAACUCGGACCCACGGCCGGCCUGGAAGAGCAGAGAUGAUCGAAGUCGCCAUUCCAGCGGGUCGUCGGGAGGACUGAGUGACACAGCAGAUGCCCCACUGCGGUGGCGGCGACAGAAGCACGGUUCUCCUGCCCUGCCUAGCGCGCCGGGCCCUCGGGCAGCGCCUGGUGGAGGGGCAGCGCCCCGACCGCUGCCCCGGCCCUGCGCCCCCUGCGCUUCCUCUCCAGGGGCUUCCCUGGCGUCCCCUGCGCGCUCGCUCGUCGCGGGCACGAGCUCCGCUGGGGCCUCGGGGGCGGCUUUGCGUCGCGACCCCGCCCCGUCUCUCGGCCGGGAAAGGGCCCGUGAGCUCCUCCCAGUUAGGACCUGACACCGCCCUCGAGGGCGUGGCUGCGACAGCGUCUCUCGAAGCUGCAACUGGCGUUAAAAAACCUAACGCCCAAGCGGCCCGAGUCGGGCGGCGGAACAAACGUCAGGCCACUUCCGUGCCCACCGCGUCGCCUGGGCGCCCUGCGCCGGAGCCUCGGACGGAAGGGGCGGGCCUGAGGCGGAAGGGGCGACGCCGGAAGUUUCUUUCCCGCGGCUGCGCCACGUCCGAGGAAGUUGGAGCCAAGCCGGCACGAUGGCGGACUGGGCGCGGGCUCAGAGCCCUGGCGCUGUGGAGGAGAUCCUAGACCGGGAGAACAAGCGGAUGGCUGACAGCUUGGCCUCCAAGGUUACCAGACUCAAAUCGCUGGCCCUGGACAUCGAUCGGGAUGCAGAGGACCAGAACCGGUACCUGGAUGGCAUGGACACGGAUUUCACAAGCAUGACGAGCCUGCUCACGGGGAGUGUGAAGCGCUUUUCCAUGAUGGCGCGGUCUGGGCGAGACAACCGGAAGCUCCUAUGCGGUGUGGCUGUGGGACUGAUCGUGGCCUUCUUCAUCCUCUCCUACCUUCUGUCAAGGGCAAGGACGUGAGCCAGUGGGAGCUGCCUUCUGUGGGUGCACGGGGCAACCAGCGUCUUACCCUGCCUGAUGUCUUGGGCUCCAGAGGACCUUCCUACAGAAUACUCCUUUGAAAUGAUGAUCGUGGCUUAGGAAUCUUCUUCCUUGUGGCUGGGAGCCCAUGGCUGCUUCUGACCCAGUGAGCUCAUGUUGGUUGGUCCCAGGUGUGCAAGAGGCCCUUUCCUUUGGGGAAACCAAAGUUCAGCCCCCUCUGCCAGCCCAGGUGUUAGAGGUGCCAGCAGAGCCAGGACUGAGCAGAGCAGCUAGGGAUCUUGGAUGUGGCCACCUGUGGCCAGCAGCCCUUCCCCCGCCCCUCAGGACUGACGUCUCCAGGCUCCUCUGUCCCAUGCUAGUUUGGGUAAGGCCAUGUCUGGUAUCUGAGGUGCCUGGAGCUGAUACAGGAAGAGGGUGUGGUUGUGAACCUCAAAUCAGCACUGUUUUCUCUGACCAGGUCUCAGACCAGAGGUGGCAGUGACUCCUGACCAGGGAUCCUGAGCAUGGGCAGACCAGUGGGAGUUGAGAGUCCUGUACUGGGUCUCUGUGCCUGCUCUCCAGUCCCAUAGCUGAAGCCCGACCCUCGGGGAAGUUUAGGGGCUUGCGGAUGAAGGAGUGGGCUGCAGUCUUGGCUGAAGGCGCUGGGCCCCGAUCCUUCUGGAUCUUGUGGCCAUGUAUCCAGGAGCAGACACUCGCAUUUUCUCAGGAUGCAAGGUCUUCCCAGCACCAAAGAUGUAUUUUCGGAGACAAGAUGUCUAGAAAUAGGCCCAUUUGGCAUUUCAGAGUCAGGAAGGGUGUGGGGGUCCUUCUGUGUUUCUAGACAGGAGGCUUCCCUGUAAGGAUUCUCUUCAUAGGACCCAUAGGUCACUUCUUUAGGAUCACUAGGCAAUUUCCCUUCCCCUAAGUCCAGCGCUUCCUCCCAUAGCAAAUCUCCCCUUGCUAUGAGGGAGCUCUGAGCAACUCCCUCCUCCCCAGCCUCUGCAGACUGCCCUCCUUGCCCACCUCUUCCUGGGCCUUCACUACCCGCUUUGUCAGCCCCAUGCUCGCACCAACCGAACCACAAGUCCAGCUGGACCAGUGGCCUCUUCUCACCCCACAGUGAGAUCCCAGCAGCUUUGUUUUCACAUGAAAACACUUGUAAGAAAUGAGUUAUCGCCUCUGUUGUUCCUUGUCCUUGUUCUUAUUUUCUGCCUUCCCAGUCACUCCCUUAUUUCCCAAUCAUUAUUGGCUCACUGUUCACGCACCCACGUGGUCACACCUUGUGUGGUCACACAUAUUGACCACGUGUCAGCCACAGCCUGGUACCUCUCAGCUCCUGACGCCCCUUUGCUUUGGUCUCCAUCCCCGGGCACCUUGCCUCCUGGUGCCGCUGCUGCUCCUGUCCUCCUCCUUUCCCCUUCCUCUCCCACUUCCCUCCAGCAGCCCAGCCUCUCACCACAGCACUCUUCUCCGUGCCAUCACACCUGGCUGGGCCCUUCAGCCUCCUGGAGGAGGAGGAUCCCACCUUCUUGCUUCCAGGUGCUCUGUUCUGAUCACCCCACUCCUUCAGGUGUUCUUUUCCAAUUACCGCACCCCUCCUCCAGGUGUUCUGGUCGCCCCACUUCUCCAGGUGUUCUGUUAUGAUCACCCCACUUCUCCAGGUGUUCUGAUCACCCCACCCCUCCAGGUGUUCUUUUCUGAUCGCCCCACUCCUCUAGGCGCUCUGUUCUGAGGGCCCCACUCCAGUGUGCUCGAUUCUCACCCAGUGAGAUCGAUCUUCCUGCCUCCAUGUCUCUGGGGCUUGACUGCUUCCCCCUCCCGACAUUCCUUCACAGGUUCUCGUGGUCCUUCCUCACUCCCCAGCGUCACUGUCACCAUGGCUUUGGAUUAGCCUUCUGCUUAUCUCAUCACACCUGUCGUGGGGACCUGCCCACUGGUCACCAAGCUUGAUAGCCACUGCCUGCACAGUGUCUGCAUCCAGUGUUGCCACGGGCCUGCAGACACACUUGAACCCAAGCUCUGCAUCCCCUGCCUUUCCUGGGCCUGAGGUCUAACCUCACCUCCUGAGAGCUUGGCUCAGCCACGGGAAGUCCGUCACACCCGAGGAUGCCGUUGCUGUGCUGUGUCCGCUCGUCUUGCCAGUGCAGACUCGGAAGUUAGAUUUUGUGUUUCAGGGUGACCUUGGAAAGUGCUUUUUGCUGCUCUCUUGAGACCUCCGUUUUCACCUCAGGUCUCUUGUCUCUGCCUCCCCACUUCCAUCUCCUUGGCUUCCUGCAGCCCUGCCAGUUCUUGGGGUCUGGGGUUUAGUUCCUUUCAGGUUUGCUUUUUGUUUCUCAUUCUCGUUGUUUUGGGAUGAAUUCCACGGAGGGGGCGUGGCAGCCCUGCUGCCACUGUGGCAGAGCAGGGUUUCCUGUGGGGUCUUUGCUUCCCUCUGCUCGGCCCUGUGCCCUCAGCACCUCAUCUUGUGGAUCACUAGGGUUUGCUGACAUUGAUCCCGAUACUGGGACAACAAAGAAGGACCUGGGUCCCCAGUCUGUGCCAAGUGGGAACAGAUUGCCCAGUCCUGUCCCAUAAUUCAAGAACAAGACAUUUAACACUAAAGGUUGGAGUAAACAGCUUCAUGACAAAGUA